AUGCUGGCCAACCGCAUCGGUAACGCUCUCUACUACGGCGUCUUCCGCCGCAACUCGACCUUCCUCCUGGCUGUCUUCGCCUCCGCCUGGGUCUUCGAGUCUGUCUUCGACAAUGCCACCGCCUCUUUCAUGAACCACUACAACAAGGGCCGCACCCUCCAGGAGGUCCUCCCCUCCUUCGUCGAGCAGGAGUAA